ACCGCUCAUGUUCGACGCUAUUAUGGACCGAGAAGAGGAAUCAACGAAAAACCCAGGAAAGAGCUGCGAAAGAAAAGCGUGACGAGCAAAGUCAAGUCUCCACGACUCGACAUGUUAGAAGGAGCUAAAUCAAUAGGUGCCGGAGCUGCUACAAUUGCUUUAGCGGGAGCUGCUGUCGGUAUUGGAAACGUCCUCAGUUCUUCGAUUCAUUCCGUGGCGCGAAAUCCUUCAUUGGCUAAACAAUUAUUUGGUUAUGCCAUUUUGGGCUUUGCUCUCACCGAAGCUAUUGCAUUGUUUGCCCCAAUGAUGGCCUUUCUGAUUUCAUUCGUUUUCCGAUCACAUAUUUCUUGGUGUAGAUAUCUCUCUUUGCAAAUAGAGAUACCGAGGCCCCCCAACCUACUAGUUGUUGGUGGGGGAAAGAAGAGUGGGAACGUGGGCUUCUUUCACAGUGCGUACCUCUCUUUCUCUUCUUUCUCGCUCUGUUCUGGAAACUAACUACUUCUCCAGAAGCAACGUCAACAACUUAUGCAAGACUCCUUUCGUAACUACUUUUCGGUAGAAAUACGGACUUCUUCCUAUCAAACUGCUUUUGCCCAGCAAUAAUAG